CUCUCCUCCUCAUCCUCCUCCUCCUCCUCCUCCUCCUCAUCAUCACCAUCAUCAUCAUCUCUCUCAACAUCUCUUUAAUCCCCAAACAAUCAAUCCAGACCCAUCUCCAAAAAUCAUUCCAAGAAAAAAAAGAAAAGAAAAAGAGAGGGAGAGAGAGAGAGAGAGAGAGAGAGAGAGAGAGAGAGAGAGAGAGAGAGAGAGAGAUGUGAAUUAAUCAAAAAUGGUGUACAGCAGCAGCAGCAGCAACUACAGUACAGCGACAUACUACUACUACUCCUCGUUCCAGGACACCAUCACCUCCCUGUGCAAGUCCAUCCUGCCCUUCGGCUUCAAGAACCGCCGCCUGACUGCCGACCAGAGGCUGGCCAAGCGGCACUCGGACAGCCUCAAGUGGCAGCAGGAGUCCUUCCACAGGAUCCUCAACCUGAUCGGGCUGCAGAGGGAAGGGAUCGCCGCCGAGGCCGAGGUCGCCGCCUUCCGUGCGCAGCUUCUCGAGACGCUGAUCGUCGCGCCGCCCAAGGACCAGGAGCCGGAGCCGGAGCCGGCAGGCGUCAUCAGAGAUAAGCUCUUGUUCUUGCAGGAAUUGCUCUAUGCAAAAUGCAUCUCAGCUGAGGACUACCACUCCUCGAAAAGGCCUCUUCUUCAACGGCUCGCGGUGCAAGGGGUUGAGAUCGACUGCAGAGACGUGAUCGUCGGAGCCCCGACCGCAAACUCCGACGAGGAGUGGACAGACAUAGACCUCAAAGACAAAGAAGAGCCAUCCGUCGCGGCCAACAAGAGCAAGCAUCGAACUCCGCCGAUAAAAGCCUUUUUCACUAAGGUGAAUGCAACAACAACAACAAAAGGCAAAGGAAACAAGGACACCGCGGAUUCGACGAGAGGAGGAGAUCACAAUCUAAUGCACAAGGGCACAAUCUUGAUGCCCGAGAGCUCACCUUUAGUGCCCGUCAAGCCCGAGAAGGGGAAAAGGAAGCCCUUUGGCACUCUAUUUAGGAAGGAACAACAAGAAGAUGGCAAUGAAAACAAGAACCCGAAUCUCGAACCCGAGGAGAAAGGGGGGACCGCAAAGUCGUCGAAGAAGCCGUGGGGAUUGGAAGGGUUCAAGAAAUGGAAGAAGAAUAGCAAUGUGGACGAGUCGACGGUUCCUUACUUGCCUUCCAGAGAGCGAUCGGAUGCGUUCACAUGUGAGCUUGUCGCGAGCCCUCUCGGCGAAGGCCCCGACACGAAGAGGCUAAAGAAGAAGAUACAUUCGGAUGGCUCGAAUUCCGACUUUUUCAUCGAUAAGGUUUUGGGGGAUAACAUCAAGAAAGAGCUCUCGCGGAUCCAAUCGGAGCUCUCGGCGACGAAUCCGAACCUCAACUUCUCGGAUGAGCAAAUCGAGGCAAUAUCGACCAAACUUCCGACCGACAAAUCCGACCUCGGCGGUUUCUUCCCGAAGGCAUGGUGUGACAGGUAUGGAGAGAUAGUGCUCGAUGUCGUGAAGAAGGAAUUCAAAGAGCAUGUAGGGGAGAUGGAGAGCUUGAGAAACACCGCCGCGAAGGAGAAACGAAAUGGCGUCGCGGAGAAUUGGGUGGCUUUCGAAGACAAUGAGGAGAAUUUCCACCCAAAUCUCUUCUCACAAAGCCAACCAUUAUUGAACAGGAGAUUGGUAAAUGAUGAUAAUAAUAAUAAUAAUCCCUUUUAUGAUGGGUAGAAUCCUCUUUUAAAACUCUAUCUAAAGGGAUUAUUAACAUGGUCAAAUGAUUGAGUAUGAUUUGGGUCCUCAAUUUGGUGGAUUUUGAUUUGAUAUCUCUAUAGGGAGAUUCAGUACUAGCUUGUAUGUGGGUGGUAUAUACAUAUAUGUGUUUUGGUA